CACCGGACAAGAUCUUUCCAUCCCCACCCAUCUCAUUUUUACACCAUAACUACAUCUUCCAGAUGUCGUUCAAUAAAUCAUAAACCCCAGCAUCAAAUCACUGCUUUCAAAAUGCCUCGAGUUUUGAUCACCGGAGGAGCAGGACUCGUUGGUCCCCUCUUUGCAACCCGUCUGCUGUCUGACCCCUCAUAUACUGUAAUUCUCACAGAUAUAAACACGCCACCUAUUCCUCCCAAAGCAAAAUUUCCAGAGAACUGCCAUCCAGUUCAAACCGACCUCUGUGAUCCAGCAUCUCUAUCAAAACUUAUUUCCGAAUCUCUUCCCCUCGAUGCAGUCUGCAUAUUCCACGGAAUCAUGGUAGGUGUCAUUGAGUUAUUUCAUCCUUUGUUCCAGAUGUUCAGACAUAUUGAGAUAUACCUCCCCUGAAUCUAGUUUGAAGCCUGUAAAGAUUCAUACGGCAAUGCUGAUGUAGAAAUCUUCUACUAGUCCUCGGGCUCCGAAGCGAACUUCGAGCUAGGCAUGAAAGUAAACCUUCAUUCCACCGCCGCACUUCUUGAAGCCCUCCGCCUCGCAAACAAAGAAGGUUCCAAGCCAAUUCGAGUUGUAUACUCCAGCUCCCAGGCAGUAUAUGGCAAUCCGCUUCCCAAAGUCAUUGAUGAAAGUGUACUACCAACACCGGAAGGCAGCUACGGCGCUCAAAAACUCAUUAUUGAAACACUUCUCAACGAUUACACGAGGAAAGGAUACUUGGAUGGGUAUUCUCUCAGAUUCCCUACGAUCACUAUCAGAGGUGGGGCGCCAACACAAGCGGCGAGUAGCUUUAUUUCAGGUAUCAUCCGUGAGCCGAUGAACGGAGAGGUAUGCGUGAUUCCUAUCCAGGAUCGUGGAUUUGUUUCUUGGAUUUGUAGUCCGAAGGUUUUGGUGGAGAAUUUGUGGCAUGCUUUACACCUUGGUUCGGAUGCUUUGCCGAAGCAUAAGAGGGUUGUUAAUUUACCCGGGUUCGGUGUUACCGUUCAGGAAAUGAUGGAUGUUCUGGCAAAGGUGGGAGGUGAGGAGAAAUUGAAGUUGUUGAAAGAGGAGAGUGAUCCUGAUAUGGAGAGGAUUCUGAGAAGCUGGGGAACGGAGUUUGAUAAUACUCUGGGAUUUAGCUUAGGCUUCAAGAAGGAUGAGGGGUUUGAGAGAGUGGUCAGGGAUUAUGUCGAUGGAUUGAAAGAUUAGGUAUCUGUCUCUGUUUGAUUUUUU